AUGGCAUCAUCAAACCAACCAUGCAGAGGCGGCCGACAACAGCCUGGAACGGGUCAAAGUGUUCCAAUCAUGCGGAAUCGACAAAGCGGUAACCAAGAUGAACUGCACGCAAUGAAACCAACUGAAGAAAUGCUUGCAUCUGAACUAUACCAACUAUCCGUGCAAAAAAGAGCUGCGGCGUUUGACGAUAUCCAUUGCGUAGGAGAGGAACUGAACGAGCCCACUGAACUGAAACAGAAAUCUUUUGACGACUUUGAGGAGAUGGUAAACAAGGAACGAAACAUCUUCUACGAUAUUGCCAUGACCCAAAACAGAGCUUAUGUCGAAGAUCCUUCGUUCCGACUGAAGUUCUUAAGAGCCAAUAGGCACAAUGUUGGUAAAUCUGUUCGCCAAAUGAUGAGUUUUCUGAAGGAAAAGGCAACGUACUUUGGGAACGACAAGAUUGCUCGGGAUAUUACCCUCGAUGACUUGAAUGAAGCGGACAAGAGCCUACUCUUAUCCGGUUUUUACCAUAUCCAGGAAGAAAGAGACCGAGCUGGCCGAGCCAUCAUACAUUGGUUCGGUAGUAUGUUGGGUAGAGUCAGACCUGAAAAUCUGAUUCGUGCUACAUACUUUGUUUGGAUCAGUAUCCUGCUUCAAGAUCCUGUAGUUCAAAAGAAGGGGCUAGUAACCGUAUAUCACAAUGCAUCGAGAAGAGGUGUUGACUUCGUGAUACCCGGAGUAAACUUCAUAAUGACGGUAUCAAAUGCCACAGCAUCUUUUCCCGUCCGUUUCUCGUCAAUGCAUUAUUGCCUCCAGACUACUGAGGGUAAUAUUGUGCUCCAAAACUCUUUUCUGGGACCGAUAGUGAAGACCCUUCCAGUAUAUUCGAAAGUUCGUAGCCGAAUUCAUGUCGGUAGUAUCGUCGAGCUCCAGUAUGCGCUUCGAAGCCACGGUAUUCCCAUGGAUACAUUUCCGGUUGAUAAAGAUGGGAAUAUUCGUGAUGACAUUUUUUAUGCAUGGUUUCACAAAUACCAACUGGAACAGAACAUCUCUUCGACCGUCAAUGAAGCGAAAUCGCUACCGACGAAAGAAGACAAGGCUCUUCUCGCACCGUCAGUGGGAACGACUGCGCCUACUGAGACUGAUGUACUGUUGGGACGAGGACGGGUUACUCAAUCAUGGCCAGGCAAUAUCAAAUGUCGAGAGUUUCUCGAGAAGCACAGGUCCGAGUACGAUAAGCUCCCCAGAAACGAACGAAAGAAGAAAGCUAUGGAACUGACCCAGGAGUUAGGUGCCAAGGGGGUCCGAUUCUUUGAACAAACAGAGCCCGGCGAAUGGGUAGAAAUUGAUUUUUCUGAAGCGACCAAGAAGGUCAUUCAGCUCAUUAGAACGCUUCGGAAGAAGAAAUAG